CCUUAUUAUUUUUCCUGUCAUAGCCUCCGUUUCCGUCGAUAGGGAUCGACGAGGGAGAGAAUAGUCAACAGUACAAUACGCCAUAUAACAUGGCUAUGCAUCUUUGCGAGAGAGAGAGAAGGCUGCUCUCCCUCUCUUCUCUUUCCUUCUCCACGCUCCAAACUCGAAAUUCGUAUAACUAACUUUGUUUCUCUCCGUCUCUCUCCUCGACCUAACCAUCUAAUCCAACCAAUUCCUUGAUCCGACGAAACUGUUUCGAUUCGUGCGUAUACUCUUUCGCCCACUCCCACUGUUUCGAUCUUAUGUUUCGCCAUUCGAUUCGUCAUUCCCUUGAAUAUUAUGGUAUCUUGAUCGAGUUUUGAAGUUGUGGUCUGCGGGAACUUGAAUCGAAAUAAUUGUUGUAGAAUAUAAGGGGAAAUGGCGGGGCAAAAUCAAGGGCCUAAUAUGGAUCAGUUCGAGGUUUACUUUAGGAGAGCGGAUUUCGACGGCGAUGGAAGGAUCAGUGGAGCUGAAGCUGUUGCUUUCUUUCAAGGAUCCAAUCUGCCCAAACAAGUCCUUGCUCAGAUAUGGAUGCAUGCUGAUCGUAAUAAAACUGGUUUCCUUGGUCGCAACGAAUUUUAUAACGCUCUCAAACUUGUAACUGUGGCACAAAGUAAGCGAGAAUUAACUCCAGAUAUUGUCAAUGCUGCGCUAUAUGGUCCGGCCGCGGCUAAAAUUCCUCCACCACAAAUUAAUCUUGCUGCCAUACCUGCGCCUCAACUGAAUUCAAUGGGUGCUGCAUCAGCUCCGCGGAUGGGUGCAGAUGCACUAGCAUCCUCUCAAAAUCUUGGCUUUAGAGCACAAGGAGUGCCAAAUCCUAGUAUGAACCAGCAUUAUUUUCCUUCUCAGCAAAAUCAGGCCAUGAGACCAUCUCAAGCUAUGCCUGCUGUUACUGCUUCCCAUCCAUUACAGGGUAUUGCUAGUCCACACCUCACAACGGGAGGUAAUAUGUCAGGUCCCAAUGUCCCAAACUCACAUAUAUCAAACGAUUGGCUAAGUGGAAGGACUGGUGCAGUUCCUAAUGGACCCAGAGGUGUUGGUCCAUCAAUUCCCUUGCCUGCUUCACAGCCGCAAGCUCCUGUCUCUAUGGCAUUCCAGCCAGCAGCGAAUGCCUCUAAAGACUUAGUUGUUUCAGGAAAUGGGUUUGCUUCUGGGCCAAGUCAUUCUGUUAGUAGCACACCUGCCUCUUCGGCCAUCAAUCUUGUUUCUGGUGCGCCUCGACCUUUAAGCAAGCAGAGCUCUCUUGAUUCAUUGCAAAGUGCAUUUUCAAUGCAACCUGAUGGUGGUCAGAUUCAGCCAGGCCAGUUAUCAUUGAACCCAAGUCAACAGGUUUCAGCUCUAGGUUCUUCCUCACUUGCAUCACCUGGAAUUUCAGUUGGACAUGGAAGUCCUACUCCUGACAAUGUGCAGCUUCCUUGGCCUAAGAUGAAACCCGCUGAUGUUCAGAAAUAUACAAAAGUGUUUAUGAAAGUAGAUGUCGACAAAGAUGGGAAAAUCACUGGUGAGGAGGCACGAAAUCUAUUUUUGAGCUGGAGAUUACCAAGAGAGGUCUUAAAGCAGGUGUGGGACUUGUCAGACCAGGAUAAUGAUAGUAUGCUGUCUUUGAGGGAAUUUUGCUUUGCUCUCUAUUUGAUGGAAAGAUUCAGGGAAGGUUGCCCUCUUCCAGCUGCGCUGCCACCUAAUGUCAUGUUUGAUGAGACACUGCUGUCUAUGACAGGUCAACCCAAAGUCCCUUAUGGAAAUGCAGCUUGGGGCCCCAGUCCUGGUAUAGGUUUUGGACAGCAGCAAGGGAUGCAAGGUGCCCAGCUGAUUGCACCUUCAACUAAUUUAAGGCCCCCCGUCCAGUCAAGUGGCCCCCUGGCUGAUGGUGAAAUACAAUCAAAUCAACAGAAAUCUGGACCGCCUGUAUUAGAGGAUUCCUUCUUAAACCAAAUUAAUACGGGAUUGAAUUCAGCGAACUCAAAGUCUCAAGUGGCAACUACUGCUGGGAAAAAGGUUGAAGAAACACAAAAUGUGAUAUUGGAUUCUAAAGAAAAGCUCGAGUUGUACCGCACCAAAAUGCAAGAACUAGUGCUAUAUAAAAGCAGAUGUGAUAAUAAGCUAAAUGAGAUCACAGAAAGGGCAUCUGCCGAUAAGCGUGAGGCAGAAUUGCUGGGUAAGAAAUAUGAAGAGAAGUACAAGCAGGUGGCAGAAAUAGCAUCUAAGUUAACCAUUGAAGAGGCUAGAUUGCGUGAUAUACAGGAGAGGAAGAUGGAGUUGCAUCAAGCAAUAGUUAACAUGGAAAAUGGAGGCAGUGCUGAUGGUAUCCUUCAGGUGCGAGCUGACCGUAUUCAGUCAGAUCUUGAGGAGCUACUGAAGGCUCUAACUGAACGUUGCAAGAAACAUGGAUUAGAUAUUAAGUCAACUGCAUUGAUUGAGCUUCCAACUGGUUGGGAACCUGGAAUUCAAGAGGGAGCAGCUCUUUGGGAUGAAGAGUGGGAUAAGUUUGAAGAUGAAGGUUUUGUCAAUGAUCUCACUCUUGAUGCGAAAAAUGUCUCUGUCUCUCCUAAAUCAAAAUCUGCAUCUGUUCACAAUGAAAAAGCUUAUGGCGAUGAUAGUUCACCCCGCGAUUCAUAUGCUAAUGGAAAGCCAGGGAAUUCUUUGAGUACCAGUGAACCCGCCUUUGAGAGUGAAUCUACAUAUUCCCACAGUGAAGAUGAAUUGGCCAGAAGCCCUCAUGACAGCCUUGCUGGAAGGUCUGCAUUUGAGAGUCCAUCUAAAGAGUUUUCAGAUAUUCAUUAUGGAAAAGAGUUCGAAGCAGAUACAGAAACACAUAGAAGUUUUGACGAAUCAACCUUGGGUGCCUUUGACAAUAAUGAUGACAUGGACUCAGUGUGGGGAUUUAACAGUACCAAUACCAAGUACCCGGAUACUGAGAAGCACAAAGAUAUCUUUGGAUCUAGUGACUUUGGUAUUAACCCAGUAAGAACAGGAUCCUCACAUGCAGAAAGCAUCUUUCAGACUAAGAGUACAUUUGCUUUUGAUGAUUCUGUUCCUGGCACUCCCAUGUCCAAGUUUGGUAACUCUCCAAGGUACAGUGAGGCGGGGGAUCACUUCUUUGACAACUCCUCGAGGUUCGAUUCCUUUAGCAUGCAUGAUAGCGGAUUUUCCCCACGGGAGAAGUUUACUAGGUUUGAUUCCAUGAGCAGCAGCACAGAUUUCGGCUACAAUCGUGAGAGGCUUACAAGGUUUGAUUCUAUGAGCAGCACGAAGGACUUCGGCCACAGUGGUGCAUUUGCUUUCGAUGACACAGACCCUUUCGGCUCCUCUGGCCCAUUUAAGGUCUCAUCAGAGAGUCAAACCCAGAAGAGGAGUUCGGAUAACUGGAGUGCUUUCUAGCUCUGCCAAUUUACCUUGUUUUCUACUGCCUCCCUUUUUCCCCCAUUUUGUUUCCGGGGUUGUUGAUGGUAGCCAUUUUUUGUUGUAAUGUAUAUAGCUUGGAACUAAAUCUCGACGGUUGUAUUGUUGUUUUUUAUUUUUUAUUUUGUCCGUAUUUUGCUGUACGGUAUAUGGCCUUGUUGUUCUGUUUUUUUCGGUGAUGAAAGAACACAGAAAUUAAAAAGCUUGUUCUUUAAGUAACAAACUCUAGAUCGUUGAAGUCGUUA